AUGUCUCUCAAGAACGACGCCUUCCCCUCCUCGGCCGCCUUCGAUGCUAUCAACUCCGCCCUGCAGUCCGACGACGCCGAGCGCAAAGACGCCAUCAGCAAGGCCAAGGCCAUCGUCGCGUUCAACCUCAAGAAUGAGAGCGGCCAGGAGGAGAGCUGGUAUCUCGAUCUCAAGGACAAGGGCGUUGUCGGCAAGGGUGCGGCGCCUGCCGGUGGAAAGGCUGAUGUGACCCUCUCGCUCUCCGACGCCGACUUCUCGUCCCUCGUAAGUGGCAAGGCGAAUGCCCAGAGACUCUUCAUGGGCGGCAAGCUCAAGAUCAAGGGCAAUAUCAUGAAGGCGACGAAGAUGGAGCCCGUGUUGAAGAAGGCGCAGGGCAAGGCGAAGCUAUAG